UCUUUACGUUUGCGAGGUAAGAAUAGGAAAGCUCGCGCACAACACUCGUUACACUUCGAAUGGCUGACUUGGAAGAAGGGGAGCUUCCUUCGGAUGAUGAAACUGAGGCAUUAGAGCCCAAGCAGGAGCCUGUGUCAGAUGUAGAGGACAAUGUACAUCCAACUGUGGCCCGGCCAUUCGCUCCUGCUCCCUAUAUCCAAGGGAGAACCACCAGGGACCCUGUGGGUGGAUUGAGCAGCUCUAGUGAUGACUCCGAUGAAAGCGAUGAUGGCAGGUAUGCAUCCCGAGCCAAGAAGAAGAGGGUGGAAAGCAUGGAGACAGGGGGUUAUCGUUUUGACACGAACGAGAUUACACGCUCUGUAUCAGAUCCCAGUCGUAAGGUGAAUAAUGUGUGGGGCGUGGUGUUACAGGAGCAAACGCUGUCCACCGCCAUGAUCGGCCUUGGUGUAGAUAAGCUAGAUAGCAGCCUGCAGAUGGAUCGGGAUGUGGAAAGCUACGACUUCACUCAAGCCAAGCUGGACUCGCGGCCUCAUUGUAUGAAUCAGAUUGACCCCUCCCAAGAGUCACAUGACCCUUUUGACAAUGUUAUCGCUACAGAACAAUUCGGGCAUAAGCAGAGAGGCACAAAAAGGCGUCGCCCAGUGAAAGAGCGUGUUGGUAAAAAGAAAUCCAGAGAGUUGGAAAUUAAAACAGUUAACCCAAAACUUGAUGACAGUGAAGCAAAAAUUGUUGCAGACAUUGUAAUGGAGUUGGAAGAGCCUAAUGUUGAGUUAGUCGUGGUUGUGAGGGUGUUGGGUAAGGAAAAGGCCCUAGAGUUACUCAAGUUGACACUUGAGAAGGAAGCUGAUGGUGGAAUCCUGACCUUUAAUCAAGAAAGACGCAGGACACCAGGGGGAGUAUAUAUAUUUCUUCUAAAACACCCAGACAUUAAAAAAGAACAAGUCAAAUCCAUUUUCUUUGAAGACGUUUGUCGGAAUAAGAAGGAAUACAGGUCAAACCAGAAGAAAAAACUGAGACGACUGCGGAACCAGAAAAGGAGCAAAUCUUUCGACAUAUCUGAUGAUAUCAAGGAAUGCCUUGAGGAAAAGGCUGCAGAGAUCCGAGAGAAAAUAAAAGAAGAAGUAGAGAUGACAGUGAAGUCAGAGGCAGUAGAUGAGGCAGAAGAACUGGAGGAGGGGGAAAUGGAAGAUACGGAUGCCGUGGUGUUGAAGACAGAGGUGUGUCAGUAG